UCCCCGCCCCCCAGUCCUCCCCUCCCCUGCAGCAUGGUGCUCGCGGCCCCGCUGCUGCUGGGCUUCCUGCUCCUCGCCCUGGAGCUGCGGCCCCGGGGGGAGGCGGCCGAGGGCCCCGCGGCGGCGGCGGCGGCAGCGGCGGCGGCGGCCGGGGUCGGGGGGGAGCGCUCGAGCCGGCCGGCCCCGUCCGCUCCGCCGGAGCCGGACGGCUGCCCCGUGUGCGUGUGGCGGCAGCACAGCCGCGAGCUGCGCCUAGAGAGCAUCAAGUCGCAGAUCCUGAGCAAACUGCGGCUCAAGGAGGCGCCCAACAUCAGCCGGGAGGUAGUGAAGCAGCUGCUGCCCAAGGCGCCGCCGCUGCAGCAGAUCCUGGAUCUGCACGACUUCCAAGGCGACGCGCUGCAGCCUGAGGACUUCUUGGAAGAGGACGAGUACCACGCUACCACCGAGACGGUCAUAAGCAUGGCCCAGGAGACGGACCCUGCAGUGCAGACAGAUGGCAGCCCUCUCUGCUGUCAUUUCCACUUCAGCCCCAAGGUGAUGUUCACCAAGGUACUGAAGGCCCAACUGUGGGUGUACCUUCGGCCUGUGCCCCGCCCAGCCACAGUCUACCUGCAGAUCUUACGACUGAAACCCCUAACUGGGGAAGGGACCGCAGGGGGAGGGGGUGGAGGCCGGCGUCACAUCCGUAUCCGUUCACUAAAGAUUGAGCUACACUCACGUUCCGGCCACUGGCAGAGCAUCGACUUCAAGCAAGUGCUACACAGCUGGUUUCGCCAGCCACAGAGCAACUGGGGAAUCGAGAUCAACGCCUUUGAUCCCAGCGGCACAGACCUGGCUGUCACCUCCCUGGGGCCAGGAGCUGAGGGGCUGCAUCCUUUCAUGGAGCUUCGAGUCCUAGAGAACACGAAAAGGUCCCGGCGGAACCUAGGCCUGGACUGCGAUGAACACUCGAGUGAGUCCCGCUGCUGCCGAUAUCCUCUCACAGUGGACUUUGAGGCUUUUGGCUGGGACUGGAUCAUCGCACCUAAGCGCUACAAGGCCAACUACUGCUCCGGCCAGUGCGAAUACAUGUUCAUGCAAAAGUAUCCACACACCCACUUGGUGCAACAGGCCAACCCAAGAGGCUCUGCUGGGCCCUGCUGCACCCCUACCAAGAUGUCCCCAAUCAACAUGCUCUACUUCAAUGACAAGCAGCAGAUUAUCUACGGCAAGAUCCCUGGCAUGGUGGUGGAUCGAUGUGGCUGCUCCUAAGUUGUGGGCUACAGUGGAUGCCUCCCUCAGACCCUACCCCAAGAACCCCAGCCCUGGUCCCCAUUCCUCAAGCCCUAGAGUGCUCCUCCCCCACCUCUUCCCAUGAACAUCACACCUUGUUCCCUGACCAAGCAGUGUGCAAUACAACAGAGGGAGGCAGGUGGGGAUGGAGGGGGGAGGGGUUGGGAGAAGAGAAGGGCAGUCAGGGUGGGAUGUAUCUGAGAUUUGCAGGUGAGAAGGUUUGGCAAGAAGACAGAUGUAGGGACAGAGGAAGAAGAUGGAUGGAUAGAGACAAGAGGACAGACAGAACACUGAGAAAGCAAAGGAACAGAGAGGCAAAAAGAUUAGAGACUAAGCAGACAAGUAGAGAGAUUGAAAUGGGAGUAAGCAGAGAGCCCUGCCCCAAGCCUGUUUUUCCACAGCAAGGUGAGAGGCUUGGUAUAGUUUGGGGGAGUUCCCCUGACAACUCAGUAGGAGUAAGUCAGAGUCCAUUCUUAGCUUUUUCCCUCUCUCCUUCCAGUAGCAGCCGGAAGUGGACCGAGGAUGGGGCAAAGUAAGGACCUGGGAGGGUUUUUUUUUUAAUUUAUUUAUUUAUUGUGACUUUUUGUUUUUUGGUAUUUGGCUUUACUGGAAUGGGAGGGACCUUGCCCACUGUGCCCCAUUGGUCCCUUAUUCCCCAAACCCUGCUCUUCCCCAAUACCAAUCUACUUAAGCACUUGUAUUAAGCCUCCAGGGUUGGGAAUGGGGGUAAAGGGCAAGAGGGCUGACACAUGGAGGUUUCUAACCCAUAAUCACCCUGACCAACGUUCUCGAGGCAAACGGGUUGAACUGAGUGGUCAUGGAAACAGAAGUUCAGACUUUAAAGCUGGGGGUGGGGUGGGGGGUGACCUCAACAUCCGGGAUCUAUGAGAGCUACUAAACUACCCCUCAGGCCUACCUUAUUCGUGGCAUUAUUUAGCCAGAGGGUAUAUAGCCUACUUAUCCCCAAAUUCCCCUCAGCCAAGAGACCAAAGAGCCUGUGGAAUGCCCCUGCUCUCAGCCUCUAUCUUCAGGUCAAUAAAAAUUAGAAAUCCCAGAGUCCCCCAGGUCUGGGAAGGGUUAAGGGUCAAGAAAAUAGUAAAGAGGCUGAAGGUUACGGGGCAUUUGAAUCCAAAUCACUGCUCUAGGCUAGGGAAUACAGCCAGCAGACCAAGGUGGAAGGGAUUCUGAAGGGGGGCAUUUUAGUCCCCCUAACCCAAAGCUCAGGGUGGAAGAAGGGAGAACAAGGGAGCAGAGUGUCUAUAAUUUUUACCUUAUUUUUGGAAUAUAGCAGUACCUGGAUGCACAAGGGGACAGUACAAUAGGGAAAGGCAUGUGACAAGGCCAGUGACAGCAGAGGACGGGAGAGGGUGGAGACUCCUUGGUUUGGAAGGCUUGGGAAGCAGGCAAGAUAUUAGUUGCCACUUCAAGUCACCCAUUCAUUCCUCCCACAAUCCUGACCCCGCUUCCUCUGGACUCACUGUGCCUCAGUUUCUUCCCCUUGAUGGAACGAGAAGCAGCAGCACCCGCCACAGCCAAGAGAUGAAUUCUGAGCACUUACCACGGGCACUUUAUGGACAUAAAAUACCUCUCGCUGUGGAACUAGAUAACCAGGGCACAACGGUGGUGAAGAGAUGUGAGGCUUAAAGGAGUCACAGGCUUCAGAGUACAAGUACCCCUCUGCUUCUCAGCUGGACAAUGCCUGAAGCCAAGGAAUUAAAAAUCUCCACACCCUAACCAUACCUCAGCAGUGGCCUCUUGGCUCUAGACAAGAGUCUUAAGAGGAUGGGGGGGAGAAGGGGAGAUCACAGCAAAUGAUUACUAAUAGAACCAGCAGUUAUGGUCUGGUAGAAACAGGACUGAACUGAAGCCUGACCGGGAAGGUCUAUACUUCCUAAGAGCACGUUUCUCUCACUUGGGCCAGACCAUAGAAAGGACAAAGGUAUGUGACUAUCCUUAGCCCUAACUCCUAUUCUCAUAGUGAGGAAAGGAGAUGAGAGGAACAGACAAGGGUUCUUAAGCCUUUCCACCCACUUCCCAUUAGUAGCAGCUAGUCCCAAGCCUCUCCUCUCUGGCCAUUCCUCAUCCUUUUUUUUUUUUUUUUUUUCCUACCCCAUCUUAAAGAACAAGACACAUUUGACCAUCAACAUCAAUCAUGCUAUCUUGGUGUAGGAGAGGAACAGAAAAGCAAAGAGGAUUGCUUUCUUGCCUCCAAAGUCAAAUGCCUCUUGAUCUUGGAAAGGGUAAGGGUUGGACAAUUAGGUAUCAGGUAAAUUUCUCCAUAGUUUAGAGAGCUGGGGCAUUACACUUCAAUUAUUGCCUCUUUAUUAAUACCAAGUAUGGGGGAAGGGGUUGUCUUAUGAAUAUACACCUGAGUUAAGCCCCCCGUUUCCUGGUCUUUUCUAUCCCCUAAGAGGCUUGAGGAUAUGGCCCAGCGCUGGCACCUCUUCCCACACUACCUGUGUGGACUGGCCAGUGCUCCUCUGAACAUAUUAUUAGUGUAAUUCUUUACUUUGUGUAUUUGUUACAUCAUGUGUGUGAUUGCCUUUGUUUGUUAAGGGUGUCUGAGGAGUAUGGGCUGACAGGGGAACUGGAAUGCCAGGAAAGGGACUUCUUCAAUGAAAUCAAGGUUUCCAGGAAGGAACCAUUGCAAAAAGGCCAUCAGGCAGUUUUCAAGUUAUGUGACAGAGGGCAAAGAUGGCCAAAGGGUGCUCUGAGUUUUGGGACGGUCACAUGACACAAUCCAGCACUUGAACCUGAAAAAAGAAAAAUAAAAGCAGUCAAAGAGUUCAAUAGUUCCAUGGUGAGCUCUUCCCCCCUACCGAGCGCCACGUCCAUACCAGGGAGUCCAAGAGCUCAGGAGGCUGGCUCUAAAGUCAAAGGACUGAGAUGAGGAGCAGUCAGGCGUGGGGGUAAUGGCCAGGACUUGGAGCUGCAGGAUGGACUGAGGUUGUGAAACAGGGUGUUUAGAACUCACAGAGCUGGGUAUAACAAAGUCCCAAAGACUACAAGAACACAGCCCCCACGAAAUGAAAAGUCUACACAUUGAAAUGAUCCAGCCAGAGUUUUAUUUUAUAGCACUCUAAUCUGGGGUGCCUCAACCGUAUUACCAAAAUCAAACUGGUAGCUCCCCAUUGUAGUUAAAUGUUUCAAACAGAGUCCACUAUGAGGAAAAAAAAAAAAAAAAAAAAAGCUUCCCAUAUGCCUACAGCACAACUCACAAGGCAGAGCCAGGGGUAGCAAGAAAUCUUGAGUCACAGGAUUCAAUGUAUCACCAGGCCUUCUCUGUGCCAUUAGUUCUACCAAAGCUUUCCUAGCAGCAAGCCUAAGAGGCACCUGGGCAUCUCAGAAAAAAGCCCAACCACAUAAGCAGUGAACUUGUACAUAGAAAGGCCCAGAUUUCUCCACUCACCACCCCACCCCCAUCCUCAGGCUAGAACCUAUUUGCCAGAGUAUGUUGGAGGGAUGUCCCCACUUAUCCUCGACCUCAAUCGAAGCCACAAAAAGACUAUGAGAACUACAUAGGGAUGUGUGCUGUGAUGUGCCACUCAGUUUUCAUAGCAAUAGGGUUACUACUGAUAGAGUCUAGAAAGCCACAGAGCAAUCAAGUAAUUUGUCCAGUGAGAAUUCAGAGGUUGUUAGGUAGAACAAGGAAUCAAACCUAAAUAGCUAUCAUACAAUAUUAUGUUUUAAUCUAAUGUAAUCUGUUGUUAAAAGAUAAAUGUAGAAAACUGAAUUUAUACCACGGAAAGUGAGAAAGUUGAGAAGCAACUUGGAUUCAAAGGGCUGGUAUAGUAUGGAACCUUUUCCAAUGUCUUUGAAGAGAAGAACAAGAUAGAGGUUAGGGAUGUGGACGUAGCAGAACUGGUAAGAGUACUUGCCUAGCAUACAUGGAAUUUCUGCCCACCACCAAAAACCAGGCAUGCUGUCACGGGCCUGUAAUCCCAGCACGAGGGUGGCAGAAACAAAAUCCAGAAAUUUAAGGCCAUCCUCAGCUACAUUUGAGGCCAGCCUGGGCUACAAAGAGACCUUGCCUCAGGAAGAGAAAUUGUUUAAAAAAAAAAGUUUAAUUUUGAAGGGAUUAACAAUCAGAAAACAAGUGCCAUUGUCUGUCAGAGGCCUCAUAUAAAAUGGUUUAGAAAAAAGCUAUCCUGUCUCAACUAUCCAAAUUCCCUCCUCCUUAUUUCAUGUCUGACAACAAGUCUCAAAGACUCAAGCUGGCAGAGCAAACAAGCACUUUAGGGUGAUGACAGGAAAAAAAAUUAGUCCUAGAAAAACCAUAAAAAGGAGAUUUACAGCUGAGGAGUAUAGUUCCAGCUGCAGCUUACAGACUGGGUGGUAAAGAGGGGCAUCUUGGUACCUGGGUCCCAGAGAGAGAAGUCAAACAAAAUGAAAACAUGUAGAUCUUCUAAGCUGUUCACACUGCUGAGGAGUGACUACAAUGAGACAGAAGAGGGCUCAGUAGGAGUUAGAAGAACUUCUGACCAAUAUAUGAACAACUGGAAAGAUGGAACAAAGGGCUAUUAAAAGAAGAGAAAGGAGAGAGAGGAGAGGGAGAGGGAGA